UCUCUUGUGUCUCCUAGCCAGCCAGCCAGCCAAGCAGCCAAGCAAGCAAGCAAGCAAGCAAGCAAGCAAGCCACCCCCUUUCCCCCUUUCUCCCUUCUCCCUGGUCCCGACACCUCCAUUCGGCCUCUUGUUGUCUCGACGGAUUGCCGGGGUUGCGGGGAGAGGCGCCCCCGCGGAAGAAAAAAAGGAUUUCAAGAAGAAGAAGAAGAAGAAGAAGAAGAGAAAAAAAAGGAUAUCGCGAGUAUUGGAGUUUUGGUGAGAGUUUGUGGAAGAUGGCGCCUGUUGUGACGGGGAAGUUCGGGGAGCGCCCUCAGCCACAGCGCCUCACCAGAGAAGCCAUGAGGAAUUACCUGAAGGAGCGAGGGGACCAAACCGUCAUGAUCCUGCACGCCAAGGUUGCACAGAAAUCCUACGGCAACGAGAAAAGGUUCUUCUGCCCGCCGCCGUGCGUGUACCUGAUGGGCAGCGGCUGGAAGAAAAAGAAGGAGCAGAUGGAGCGGGACGGCUGCUCCGAGCAAGAGUCGCAGCCGUGCGCCUUCAUUGGCAUCGGCAACAGCGAGCAGGAAAUGCAGCAGCUUAACUUGGAGGGGAAGAACUACUGCACAGCCAAAACCUUGUACAUAUCCGACUCGGACAAGAGGAAGCACUUUAUGUUGUCCGUCAAGAUGUUCUACGGCAACAGCGCCGACAUCGGCGUCUUCCUCAGCAAGAGGAUCAAGGUCAUCUCCAAGCCCUCCAAAAAGAAACAGUCCCUGAAAAACGCCGACCUGUGCAUUGCGUCGGGCACCAAGGUGGCGCUCUUCAACCGCCUGCGCUCCCAAACGGUCAGCACGCGCUAUCUCCACGUGGAGGGGGGCAACUUCCACGCCAGCUCCCAGCAGUGGGGAGCCUUCUACAUCCACCUACUGGACGACGACGAGUCGGAGGGCGAAGAGUUCACCGUGCGCGACGGCUACAUCCACUACGGCCAGACGGUCAAGCUGGUGUGCUCGGUCACCGGCAUGGCGCUGCCCCGACUGAUCAUCCGUAAGGUGGACAAGCAGACGGCGCUGCUGGACGCUGACGACCCGGUGUCCCAGCUGCACAAGUGCGCCUUCUACCUGAAGGACACGGAGCGCAUGUACCUGUGCCUCUCCCAAGAGAGGAUCAUCCAGUUUCAGGCCACGCCCUGCCCAAAGGAACCCAACAAGGAGAUGAUCAACGACGGCGCCUCCUGGACAAUCAUCAGCACGGACAAAGCCGAGUACACCUUCUACGAGGGCAUGGGCCCCGUGCAGGCGCCUGUCACGCCCGUGCCCGUGGUGGAGAGCCUGCAGCUCAACGGCGGCGGAGACGUGGCCAUGCUGGAGCUGACGGGCCAGAACUUCACCCCCAAUCUGCGAGUCUGGUUCGGAGACGUGGAGGCGGAGACCAUGUACAGAUGCGCCGAGAGCAUGCUGUGCGUGGUGCCCGACAUUUCAGCCUUCCGCGAGGGCUGGCGCUGGGUGCGGCAGCCCGUCCAGGUGCCCGUCACGCUGGUCAGGGAGGACGGCCUCAUCUACUCCACCUCGCUCACCUUCACCUACACACCCGAGCCCGGGCCGCGGCCACACUGCAACGCCGCCGGCGCCAUCCUGCGGGCCGGCAACUCGGCGACCCUGCUGAGCGGCGGCGGGCCGGAGGCGGCCGUCUACGGGAGCGCCGUCACGUCCUCGUCGGCCACCGCCGCCGUGGUCUCCUAACGCUCGCUUUAAGGUAGCGCCAGCCAGCUCGAGAACAAUUUGCAAUAGUUCAACAAAACACACACACUAAAAUUCUGCGUUUCGGUUAACUGCUGAGAUGAAAAAUGUUCUGGGCAAAAGAAGAAACGCAGUGAAAUUCUGGAGGAGCCGUGUCACAUGUCGGGGCGCGCUCCGUGGCCGCCGGGCUCCGGUCGGUCCCGACGGCGAUGGCAACGGCGGCCGACGUAGCCGCGUUCCAGAAACCGCUUGCCCUUCCUUCCCCUUUUGCACUGCCCUCCAAAUGCUUCCCAAUCCCGAGUAUUCCUCUGGCCUUAGCCGCGCCGCGCCACGCCGCGGGGGAUGUUUGGUCGGCCGGCGGGCCGGCGGGCGGGCGGGCCGGCGCCAGGACGUAAAGGGACACGCCAGCGUGACGUUAACUUAGUUUUAAUGGACCAAGGAAUUUGUAUAAGCUUUAGCAAAGGUACACCUUUUCUCCAUACCUUUAUUAAACCUAUUGUACACUUUUGUUACCAAAUACUUUGUAUUCCUCCUAUAAUCUUGUAGCCCCCCCCAACUCCUGCCCUUAUUUUCCCCUCUCCUGUGAGGGUGGGGGGGAAUCUAAAAGCAAAUAUAUGUGUGUGUGUGUGUGUGUCAGGGCAACCACCUCAGAGGGCCUAUUUUUGAAUCUCAUUGGUUUUUAUGAAGUCUUUAAAGGAAAAGCUUUAAGUAACGCCUCUGCUCUGCCUUGCCUGCAAUACGUGCGAGCGAGCGAGCGGAGCGCCGCCGCCGCCGCCAUCGCUGCCACGUCUCCUUUUUGGAAUGCCACUCAUCACUGGAGCCUUUGUUUUCACCGACAGAGGACGGACGUGUGAGAGUACCUUCGUACUGUGCAAGAGAACUGUGUGUAUGCAGUCCAUAUCAUCCGGAUCACGUGGAGCCACGCGUCUUCCAAGCGAGCGUGACAAAAAAACGAACAAAAGAACGAGCGAGCGAGAGAGAGAGACACUUUUCUCAAUUCAAUGUGGCCUUACUGAAGACUCGAGUUCCGGAAAACAAGAUCACGAAAAUCGCUCGCUGUCCAAUUUCUCCAGCGGUACUGUCACACAAGAGCCUUGGGUUUUUUUGGGGGGGGGGGGGUUUCUUCCCACGGUCGCGGAGCAGCAAUAGUGUACGGCUCGGCUCGCCACGGGCCGAUGUUCAAACCAUACGCCAAAAUCCACCACUCCGAAAGGAAGCGAGCCAAUGUGGGUUCUCAUUCGGAGGGAAAGAAAAGACAACCACAAUGAAGUUGUGCCCCCUGUUUGUCGUGAAAUGUUGUAUAUUUUAAUAUUUUAAAUUAUUGCUCCCCAUGUCCAAAAAGUGCAUUUAUUGCCUGCGCUGCCUGCCAGCCAGCCAUUUGUCUUGUCCUCCUUCUCAGAAUGGGCACCAAACACAAAUAGCCUUUAGCGGCCAGGUCCGGCCGGCCCUCCUUCACCUCCAUCCUCUGGCGGGGAAUUUUCUUUUUUUUUUUCUUUUCUUCCUCCCUCUCCUCCUCUCUCUGUUUCCCGUCCUUUCUUCCUCUACACGUCGCUUGGUCGACCUUCCUUUCUAUGUACAAAGGGACUUUACACGCCUUCUUAUCAUGAGCCCCCCCCCACACACACUCUUGUGCAAGCAGCUGUUUUUGUGAUUUGUUUUUUCUUUUCACGGUUAUAACGAGCGCCGAACAAUGUAUGUAAGCUCUUUCAAAUGCCAAAAGUCUGAUGGUGUAAUUUUUUUAAUUUUUUUUUUUUUGGUGCACUGUGCAGUGAGGGGUGGGCAGCUUUAAACAUAACUUUUUAGCAAAAGGUUCAUAAAAGGAAAGGUAGCUCUCAGCCUUACGUGUCACAGCUAACUAUUUUCUUAUUUAAUAUCAGCGUCAGCUUCCUUGCCUUGCUUUGCCUUGCUUUGCCUUGCUUUGCCUUGCCUUGCUUUGCCUUGCCUUGCCUUGCCUUGCGUUCUUCAUUGGCUGGCAAGCUUCCAAAGCAAGGGGAUGCACUCUUUCUUUUUCCCUCUCUCUCCAUUCUUUUUUGGGAAUAGCAUCGUUUUUGUACAUAUCGCAGCUCCGGAUCAUGCUCCAAUCUGUAUGUCAUGGAAAACAAAAAACACGAGGGGAAAAUGAGAAUUAAAAAAAGUGAUAUAAAGUC